UCACUCCUAAGAGAAGGAGGCCCAAUUGCCGCCUAUUAUCUCAUUCCUCCCUAAUACCUCUGAUAUCUACGCCGGCCGUGGAUGAGCUCUCUUGAUCUUGGCUGAGCUCUUCCAAACCUGAUUUCUUUUUCUGCUUCCGUCUCUCUCGUAUCUGCCCUAAAACCAGGGCAUCAUCCAACAUUUCGCAGAACUUUCAAUCUCGCUGCCAUCUGAAUUCGCGAUGAAUUCGCCACAAUACGGCUCCUCUAGCAUUGAGGAAUUUGGCCGAUUUCUUGAGGGAGACCUGCAUGGUUCAUCGGAGUCCGAAGAUGAUACUGAAAAGCAAAAAGCAGAAGCGUCGUCGAAGGAGGCGUGUACUCACCCUGGUUCCUUUCAAGAUAUGUGUUAUGUGUGUGGGCUUCCCGUAAACGAGAAAGAUUUUGGGUACGAAGACAAGGGAUUGAUGCUUAAAAAUGAGGAACUUGAGAGAGUCAAGAAAUUAGGCAUUAAGAAAUUGCUGCACCGUAAGAAACUUUACUUAGUAGUUGAUGUGGAUCACACACUCCUUAAUUCCGCCGAUUCAGGAGAGGACUGCUUGCAGAGCCAAACAGAUGGUCCCCAAGAUGCAUGCAAGGCGUUGAGGCCCUCUGUUAGGUCCUUCUUAAGGGAUGCCAGCUACAUGUACGAGAUGUACAUGUACACAGCUGGUGAACGAUCAUAUGCGCUGGAAAAAGGCUAGUUUACUUGAUCCGUCAAAGGAGCAUUUGCAGUGAUAGGGUGAUCUCACACGACAAUGGUGCCCAAAAACAUCAAGAAGGCCUAGAUAUUGUGCUUGGUCACGAUAAUGCAGUUGUGAUCCUUGCCAAUACAGAAAAUGAAUGGAAAAAGCAUUGGAAAAAUUUGAUACUGCUUGGGAGCGAUGAAACCAAGUUCGAGGGAGCUCUUGCAACGGUUCUAGAAGCACUGAAGCAAAUUCACCGAUUGUUCUUUCAUGUAAGUGUGGUUUUGUGUCUCUGCAAUGUUAGAAGGUUUUGAGUUUGUUUGUUUGAUUGUCCGUUCUCAUGUUCUAAUGUAUUGUUGGUGUAACCUCAUAUAUAGGAACUGGAGGGCUCAGAUGACAGAGAUGUGAAAAUGGUUAUCAAAACACUGAAAGCCGAGGUGUUGAAAGGGCAACACCAGAUCGUCUUCAAAGAGUUUUUUUACUUUAGAAGUUCCCCAGGCUUGGAAGGUGACAGAAAAUAUGGGAGCAUACUAUGGUGUACGAGGGAGAUCAGCAGGUUUCGUGAUCAAUCUUUUCAACCUCCUGACAAGAUCAUCUGCAGAUGAAGAUAUCAGAAGCGUUAUCUCCUGAGGAGGAGAUAACGCUUCAUUCAUUGUUCAUAACUUCACCAACUUGCACAACCUUGUGAAAAAGUUGCAUGGACAGACGCAAUCUCAAUGGCUGAAGGAUUUGAAUGGCUAUGUAAGUUAUCAAUUAAGAAGUAUUUUAGUUCUUUACGAAAAAAAAGUUUCUUAAGUUUGUUAUUUGUUUAUCAGGGGUUUUACCGGGAUCAGAAAAGUAAUGAAUGUUUGGAAUCAAAUCCGGUCGCUCCCUUUGGAGUAGACCUUGUCUGUGCCUAAAAGUUCUUUUCUGCUCCCGG